UCGGACCCGCGAGGUGGGGGAGGCGGGCCGGGCGGGCGCGGCGACUCCUGUGCGGCUUGUCGGGGCUCCGAGCGCCGAAGCGACCCGAGAGGCUCUGCCGUCGCCGCCGCCGCCGCCGCUGCUGCUGCUUCCCGCGCCCACUCGCGGGACCCUGACGGCGGGGGGGCAGCGGCCCCGCCCCUGCGAGUGUAGACCAUGAGCUUCCUCUUCAGCAGCCGCUCUUCUAAAACAUUCAAACCAAAGAAGAAUAUCCCUGAAGGGUCUCAUCAGUAUGAACUCCUAAAGCACGCAGAAGCGACUCUAGGGAGCGGGAAUCUGAGACAGGCGGUGAUGUUGCCGGAGGGAGAGGAUCUCAAUGAAUGGAUUGCCGUUAACACUGUGGAUUUCUUCAACCAAAUCAACAUGCUAUAUGGAACCAUUACAGAAUUCUGCACUGAAGCGAGCUGCCCGGUCAUGUCUGCAGGCCCGAGGUAUGAAUAUCACUGGGCAGAUGGUACUAAUAUUAAAAAGCCAAUCAAAUGUUCUGCACCAAAAUAUAUUGACUAUUUGAUGACUUGGGUUCAGGAUCAACUUGACGAUGAAACUCUUUUUCCUUCUAAGAUUGGUGUCCCAUUUCCCAAAAACUUCAUGUCUGUGGCAAAGACCAUCCUAAAGCGUCUCUUUAGGGUUUAUGCUCAUAUUUAUCACCAGCACUUUGACUCUGUGAUGCAGCUGCAGGAGGAGGCCCACCUCAACACCUCCUUUAAGCACUUUAUCUUUUUUGUUCAGGAAUUUAAUCUCAUUGAUAGGCGUGAAUUGGCACCGCUUCAGGAGUUAAUCGAGAAGCUUGGGUCGAAAGACAGAUAAGCGUUUCUUCCAGAACUCAGUUAUCUUCUUGCUUCACUCACUGCUAGAACUAUCUCAUUGCAAUCUGUUAUAGACUAGUGAUACAAACUUUACAGAAACAUAAAGAGACACUUAAUGUCUAUGGCUGCCUAUAAAAUUGUCUCAAAGGUAGGUAGGCCUAAUGCCUUCAGAGAGAGAAACUGAGGACACAGCCAAGAGUAGGAGGUACUGUGUGACCACACCUGUUACUGACACAGUCGUGCCUGGCUGUGAUAUAUAACUGAUCUAUAGUUUAUUAGUUUACUUAUUUCUUUAUUGAGAAAGACGAUGAAGUCUGUUUUAGGUGAAUAUUAAGAAUUUCCACCAAUAAUUUAUUAGUAAGUUUCCAGAGCAUUUUUCCUAAUAACACAGAUUGUUUUACUCUUGUUUUUAUUUUACAAAUAGGAUAGGUAUUUUUAAGUUUCAUUAAGGUAAAGAACAUUUAUGUUACUUUGGAUAAUCUUUUAGUUUAAAAUUUGUAUGUUAUGGUUUUAUAGUUAAGAAAAUAUAUGUAUAUUUUUUCAAAAUCCCUGAUUGCUGUUUAAAAAUCUUAUGAGUACAUAAUAUGGGAGUAACUAAAGUUAUUUCUAAAAUGACUUACCUACAUAAACCUGUCUAAAUUUUAGGCGUGUGUGUAUGUAAAAUAAUUUUUAAGUCAUGUAAAAAUGAUCAUAUGAGAGUUUUAUUUUGAAAUGGUUUCAUUCAGAUUAAUUUUAUGUGUCGCCUUUGGCUGGAAAAAAGGAAAAGAAAACUCCCCAAUUAUGACAUAUUUAAGUCUCAAAACCACUGUUUUCUUGCACAUUGGUUCUUAGUAGGCUUGAAAUUUUAUGUAAGAGAAUGUAAAAAGAUACUCAAACAUACUCAGUUUUAGUCUAUGUUUUUAUGGUGACUUGAGAAUUAAGAGUAACGUAUAAAUGCAUGAAUAAUGCAUAAGACUGGAGACCCACAAUAAUAAAAAAAAAAUAACCUUGAAGGAUGUACACAUUAUGUAACAGCUAAAAGUUUUGGUGUGCUCCCUGUUCAUGUGUGUUUACCUGUGUUUACAUGAGACAAAAUGGGAAAAAUAAACUUCUGAAAGCGUCUUUCUACUAAUCAGAUGAUAGAUUGAGUUCCCAUUUGGGUUUUUUCCCUGGGUUUAGAUUGUUUUCAUACCAAAACUUGAAUUUAUUCUGUUUCUAUUGGACACCUGUAACGUCUCCAUUGUGAGACUUGUUGUUACUGUUUUUGGCAUAUCGAAUACGCCAGUAGCUUGCCAGACUCUGCCGUGCGGGAGGGAUACUCUCGGUAGCUUGCUGGGCUCUCCGAGAGGAGCGGAGGAAUCAACCUGGCAAUCGCGUGCAAGGCAAAUGCACUACACGCUGUGCUAUCUCGCUCCAGCUCGUUUCUAUUGGGAUUAAAAAAAAUAAAAUGAUCUUCACCACUAGUGAAGAACAGAACUCAGGGCUGGAGUGAUAGUACAGUGGGUAAGGCAAUUUGCCUUGCACACAACCAACCCUGGUUUGAUCCCCAGCAUUCCAUAUGGUUCCUUCCACAAGUACUGUUAGGAAUAAUUCCUGAGCACAGAGCCAUGAGUAAGCCACGUAAGCAUUACUGAGUGUGGCCCCAAAACAGGGGGGGGGAAAGAAAAAGCAAACAAACAAAACAUUGAUCUGAUUUUUACUUUGUGUCCAAGAUUUAGUAAAUUCUAGCUCUCUGUGUAAAGUAUAUUGAGGCACAAGUGUACUGAAGACUUGCUCUACGACAAAGCUUUAAGCACAGCAGCAGUCUGUUUCUCAGUGCUUGGACUAUGCAGUGUUGACCAACGUCCUGGUGACUUUAAUGAAGAACUUUGAUAGCUUGUGGGGGUGUUUUGGGUUGUUCUGUGAUGCUGGGAGUUGAAAUCAAGGCCUCACGCAUAAGAGGCCAGCACUCUGCCACUGACCUCCAAUCCCAGUGAGGAGAGGGUUGUCAGGUGUCAGGGCUUUUUGGUUGUUGUUAUUUAUUUUUAUUAUUCUGUUAGAGUAUCAUGAAAAUAAAAACUUCAUUUUUAUAACCCAAUUUCAUAAAUUAUUAAAUAUAUGAAUCAAAUUUUAAAGAAAGUAUCCAAUUUACACUGAAAUCAUGCAUCAUUCUUUAAGGAACAAAGAGUGGGAUCACUAUGAAAAUGAAAAGUCUCUGUGAAAUAUUGCACAAUCUACCUUAAAGCAUAUUAACAGUUCCCUGUCCAGCAUUUACUUGUUUAUAUUGAUCAUUUACAAACAAGGAAGCAGACGCCAUAUCCCACCUAAAAUGUUAACAGCUUCUCAAGUGUAUUGUUUUGCUGUUUUUUGUUUUUUUUUUUUUUUUAGUUUCUUGGUCAUAUCCUGCAGUGCUCAGGGGCUGCUCCUGGCGGUGCUUUGGGGAUCCUAAGGAGUAGCUUGGAUCAAACCCAGGUCAGGCGUGUGCAAGGCAAACACCCUAUCCCUAUACUAUCUCUCUAGACAGAGCGUCUCAGUUUUAAAUCUUGUUGACUUUCAAACAAUUUUUUUUAUAUAUACUAGAAGUGAAAAUCUGUUUCUGAGCUAGGUUUUUACUCCUCAUUUCUAAUACUUAUUUUCUCUUUUCUCGUUAGAAAUUCUCAUUUUCAUGACACAACCUUAAAACAAACCAAAGAUGGCUCCAACAGUCAUAAAGGCUUUAUCUUUGUGGGACAUCAAUUAAAAAAUUUUGUUGGUAAUUUGAGAUUCACUUCUUUAAUACUAAAAAACAGACCAUUGAAAACAUUGCCAGGUUCCUAAUCCAGUAUGAUGCAACUUACAAUGCAUCUAAACGCGAGUGUUAACAUUAUUUGUUUACAUCCAGACCAAGAGUCGGGGCAGGAGGAGAAUUGGAGGAAAGGGAGAGGAUGGCGCCUUCCUGACUUGGUUGGAGGGUCAGCCUUGAUAAGAACUGGAGAAAAUCAGUCCAGCUCUGACUCCUCUCACUUUGGUUUUAUCUCCCUGUGCCCAGGAUCUUGUGUUCCACAACAUUCGCCCCUGCGCCCUCCUAAUCAGAAGCCAUCCCCUCCCAGUGUCUCUCUGUGUUCCUCACAACUGAUUACAGUCACGGGCAGGGCAUUCAUGCUCGGUUAUGCAAUUCAUCAUCCUCUGGUGCUUUAAUUUUCAGGCAUUUAAUAAAAAAAAAAACUGUGGACAAUGAUGUGCAGGGUUUGUUUAAAUAUUAAAAUUUCUUAUAUUGCAGAUUUUAUAUUGACAGCCAGUUGUAUUCUUUAUUCUCCAGAUUAUGAAUAAAGCUAUCUUACAAGGCUGUCAGCUAAUAAAAGUGUUUCUUUUGUCUUAGACCUUUAGAACCUAAGCUUACAUAGCUGUCUGCUGGGGUGGGGCGGGGUGGGGGGAGCCUGCAAAUCUCUAUUCCUGUGACUUUGAUGACAAAGGGAAAGUUUUUGUUGUAAUAUAGAGGCUAGAGAAACAAUCCUGGCCUGGGAAAAAUAGGGGGUUUGCAGACAUUGUUGGAUUUUUCGGGUUAAAUGGUAGACUUCUUUUUCUGGGCAGUGAGAUUGUAUGAGAAGAGGAGCUUCUAAAUAGAACAUCAUUGCCUCAAAACAAAUCUAAUCCAAAGAGUUUAAAUUCUAGAGAUUUGUUUCUAAGCAGCCAGUCAUGGUGCUAAAAGUUCCCUGCAUGGUUGGAAAGUUCCUGCAUGGUUGUAGGGGGCUGUCUCCAGGAGAGGACUGCAAAGUGCAGGCUGGGGUGCCAGCCCUGAGCAUCUCCAACAGCAACUGUAGUUCCUCCUGCGAGCAGUCCAGGGAAUGGGUUUUGGGUUUUACUGACCCAGAAUUUAGACAAAAGGAAAAGUAGUCCCUCAAUUUUCUUUCUUUGUAUUCGAUUUUGAUAUUUCUGACUGUAUAAAAGACUUCGGGGAGAAUUCAUGUUGUCGCAGUGUGUGUUUUUUUUUUUUUAAGUAACUGCAUUGAAAUUUACUUGUUUUCUGUUCCUUAUCAGAGUCUACUCUAAACAAGUAUUUUGUAAGUCCAAAUGGAUUGCAUAUGCUGUAGAUUUAUUAUAGGACAACAUUCAGUGUUUGGUCUAUAUUGAAAAUAGUUUGUAUAAGUUAGUCUUGGUCACCAUUAUCUUAAAAUGUUCUUUACAUUAAAAUUCAUGCUGUAUUUUUAAACCUUUUAGGGACUGUUAUCUAUUUUUCUAAGUCAGUUAACUGUACUUUAAAAGACGUAUUUUGUAUCUACUUUUGUAACAUCAUCAGAAUAAAAUAUAUUGGAAAAAAAGAAUGAAUAUAUGUUUCAACACACUUAUUUAAAUUUGGAAACGAUUUUGCCAAUUUUAUGGGUAUUGAAUGCAGCUUAAAUUUAGAAGGUCGUCUCUGCUUACCAUUUGAUAACUGAAAUAGUUUUUUUUUUAAUCUCAGAAGAAAGUUCCUAACUGUACAGAUACCUUGUAAUACCAGAGCCCCACCGCCAACAGAUACACUCUAGUUCCGUCCAUGACAGUUCAUCCCAGACAAAGAAAGCAAGUCCUCCCGUUCUCUUGACAUUUAUUGGCUCCUGGCUGUGAGACUGGGCUUCUGGUAUGCACAGCUCUUUCCCUGUGCUCAUCAGCCACUGGCAGAACCACACUCUGUUGUGGUGCUAGAGAUUCCAGGUAGAGCUGCGGGGUCCAAACUUACAUCAGACUCUUAGACUUGCAAGGCAGAGCCAGAACCACCCCCAAGGCCUUUAGCCAUCAGUUUUGGUUCCCCCAACCCCUUCCCCCCACUUUGUAUUGCUAGGGAUUGAACUUCAAAGCCUCGUGCAUGCAAGACAACUUAGCCUAGGUCCUGGAUUUGGUGGUGGUAGUGUGUGUCGGGGAGAGGAUGGUGGGACCCUCACCUGGUAGUUCUUAGGGGGGCUGCUGCUGGUGCAGUUCUUAGCAGUUGUUCCUGGCAGUGUGGGUUGACCAUGGUGGACAUACUGAGGCUUGAACACGGGCAGCCCUUUGUGCCAUCUCCCUGCCCACAACCCUGGAGGGCAGAGGAGGGUGGCACACACCUCUAGUGCUUGGGGGACUGUAUGGCAGAAUAUGAACCAUGACAGCCCUUUACCUCUGUACUAUUUAGACCCUGGAUUUUGUUUUUGCAAAUUAUAUGUCAGUAGACUUUAAAAGAAUACCAAAAAAGUUUUGUUAAGCUGUUUAUAAAGGAAUAGUAAAAUACUCUUAUAAUUUGGGGAGGGUCAGAGUUGGGUUUUGAUGCCAUACAACGAGAAAUAACAUUCAAAUAAUGCCUUGUUUGGCAAAGAAAUAAAUAGCCUUUGUGGCACCCUUCGGGUGUAAAGACUGUA